UCCUCAGGUCUGGGAAAUCCAGUUUCUGCCUGCCUUGCUGGGAGCUGGCUCGAGACGGCUGAGCAGCCCUGAUUAACAGCAGUAAUGGGGAGUAGUUUCUAGACUUUACAGAAGACGCAGGAAGGGAAUUUACCAUCUGGAACCGUGGUGGUGCAGUUUGUUCUGCGUUCAGCCUUUCGCUGAUGCCUUUGUAGCCCACUGACCUACUGCAUGCCACCAGGCAUCACCUUCCUUCCGUUUGAACCGUGGCUCCCUGGCACUGCAGCUCAGUAUCAAGGAACGAGCAGGUCUAGCCCGUUUCAUCUGUCACAAGCUUCACCCACUCAGCAGCACCGUUCUGGUGCUGAGAAGAUGGCCUCCCCGGGUGCCCCAGGGACCCGCAUGACGUCCACAGUCAGUAUCAACAUUUCUACUCCUUCCUUCUACAACCCACAGAAGAAGUUUGCACCCGUGGUCGCCCCGAAACCUAAGGUGAACCCCUUCAAGGCUGGGGGUGCGUCAGAGCCGUCGAUGCCCCCGCCUCCUGCAGCUGGUGCCCAGCGUGCUCAGAUAGGGAAGGUGGGGGAGAUUCCAUCAGCGUCCAUGUCCUUUCUGGUAGAAGACCUGCCACCGCCACCUCCUCCCCCACCUGGAGAGGAGGCAAGUUUCUCCUCAAACUGUGCUUUUCCACCACCCCCACCACCCUUUGAAGAGCCUUUUCCACCAGCCCCAGAAGAAGCUUUUCCUUCCCCUCCUCCUCCUCCGCCGCCGAUGUUUGAUGAAGGUGCUGUGAGCAUGGUACCUGCCCCACAGGUACGUGGCAAGAUGAGCAGCGUUGAUCUUGAGUUUGACUCACUGUCCCUAAUGUUGGAUGACAUGGAGAAGAAUGACCCCUUCAAACCCCGGAUACCUCCAGCAUCCACAGGUUCUCCGGAGAAACCAUCACCCCCGAAACCCUAUGUGGAAAUACCAUCUGCACCCAGAGAUGCUCCUCAAUCCUUUCCUUCCAAGUUCACUCCAAAGUCCAGUGGAAGCUUAUCUUUCAAGCCCCAUGGAGUGGAUUCGACCCCCUCCCCAAGUGCAUGGGUAGCCCCACAGCAAUGCAAGGAGCCUCCAGCACCAGUCCCUCCACCCCCGUCUCUCCCUCCUGCUCAGCCUACCCCUAAAUUUACCCCACCUGCUGUUGCUGGCUCUCCGAAGUCUGGGUCCAGACCAGGAGCCAAUGUUCCCAUGGCUCCCUCAAACUCUACAAGAUAUCCUACCUCCUUUCAGACUCAGUUCACAGCCCCUUCACCUUCAGGUCCCUCCUCACGGCCUCCCAAUUUCACCUAUGCCCAGCAGAGGGAAAAACCCCAAGUGCAGGAGAAGCCACGUCCCACAGAACAACCUGCUGCUGCAAAAGACAUGCAUAGACCCACAGGCUCCAGUGCAGAUCCACCUAGGGGAAACUCCUGUCUGACCAUGAAGGAGGUAGAAGAGCUGGAGAUGUUGACCCAGAAACUAAUGAAGGAUAUGGAGCAUCCACCCCCAGCAGAGGCUGCUACUUCUGAGCUCUGUGGCUUCUGCCGGAAGCCCCUGUCGCGAACCCAGCCAGCUGUGAAGGCCCUGGACUCCCUCUUCCAUGUGGAAUGCUUCACCUGCUUCAAAUGUGAGAAGCAGCUGCAGGGGCAGCAGUUCUACAAUGUGGAUGAGAAGCCCUUCUGUGAGGACUGCUAUGCUGGGACCUUGGAAAAGUGCAGUGUCUGCAAGCAGACCAUCACGGACCGGAUGCUGAAGGCCACUGGUAACUCAUACCAUCCCCAGUGUUUCACCUGCGUGAUGUGCCAUACCCCUCUCGAGGGGACCUCUUUUAUUGUGGACCAGGCCAACCAGCCUCACUGUGUGGAUGACUACCACAGGAAGUACGCUCCACGCUGCUCGGUGUGUAGUGAGCCUAUCAUGCCAGAGCCUGGGAAGGAUGAGACAGUGCGUGUGGUGGCACUGGAGAAGAACUUCCACAUGAAAUGUUACAAGUGUGAGGACUGCGGGAAGCCCUUGUCCAUCGAAGCAGACGAGAACGGGUGCUUUCCGUUGGAUGGGCACGUGCUGUGUAUCAAAUGUCACACCGUUCGUGCCAAAACGGCGCGCUGAGGAGCUCGGAGCGGGCGUCCCCUUGAGACCCCUGCACUCAAUACUCUUCCCCUCCCCGCCGUUGUCCUAUGAUCGCUCCCAAUGGAGACUCUGCCAGAGCAGUUCUUUAAUCAUGUAGGAUUCACUGCUCCUAGACUUCGCUCUGCACGCCCACCAAGAAAGAACCUCUUGUCUCGUCACCGCUUCCUGGCCACCGCGUAUUCCAGGCUGGGGGGGCUAAUGAGCAAGGUGAGUGCACGAUCUCUGUUCUCUCAAGACUCUGGAGGAGGAAGACCAGACCUCCACCACUGCCUGGUGGAAGGAGCAAGAACAACCUUGUGGCAGGUGCUGGGAAAGGCUGAUGAGCGUUCUUCUGUUCCACGGAGCCAAGAAUGAUGAUUUGACCUUAGAAGGUGGAAGCCUCCAUCUCGGCACCACAUCUGUCUUUGAUUAUUUUGAUUUUGAUUUUUGAUUUUUUUCUUGUGACACCUCAUUAUCAGGAUGUCUUCCCCUGCCCCCUCCCUCGCUCCUGGGUUAGAGUGUGGAGGCAGAUCAUAUUGGGAAUCUCCUACUGUUGCUGGAAGAAGUGAACCUACUAUAGCUUUUCUGUCUCUAAUGGAUUUUAAUGCCUAACUGUCUUAAUGCCUUUUUUUUAUUUUUUUUUUUCCUUAGCCAGAUUAAACUGGCAAUGUUUGGAAUUCUACUCUAUUCCUGAGUUUGGAAACUUUUUUUAAAAAAUAAAAAAUAUAUGUUUCUCUCCCCCAAAUUAAUUGUUUCCCAGUGUGGUGGUUUCUGGACAGCCAGGCUGGGCACCAGAGUAGCAAAGCAGUCCAAAGAAUGCAUGUUUACAAAUAAAGACUGUCAUAAGGACGGGCAGCACAUGGUGAGGAGGCAUCUCGGGAGCAUGGAUGAAGGUUGAGCAGACUGAGGGAUGUCUCCCUGUUGCAGUAGGGGUUCUUUUUGCUGCUGUCAGUGAAAGCUGCAGUGUAAUUGCAAUGUACUGUCUGGCUCCAAGUGUUCCAGCACCGAGCCCCGCUCCCUGGACUAGAAACUCUCAAACUGAGCAAACCUUUUGAAUAACUAUACUGUCCAACCACUGUUUGCAUUCAAUAAAACGUGGGGUUUUUUUCCAUUAA